AUGAGGCCAGUUGGGCCGAGGGGCGCAGCUAGGUACGGGGCCGGGCGCUGGGCUAGGGACGGGGCCGGGAGCUGGGCAGGUACGGGGCUGGGUGCUGGGCAGGUACGGGGCCGGGCGCUGGGCAGGUACGGGGCCGGGCACUGGGCAGGUACGGGGCUGGGCGCUGGGCAGGUACGGGGCCGGGCGCUGGGCAGGUACGGGGCUGGGCACUGGGCAGGUACGGGGCCAGGCGCUGGGCAGGUACUGGGCCAGGCGCUGGGCAGGUACGGGGCCGGGCGCUGGGCAGGUACGGGGCCGGGCGCUGGGCAGGUACGGGGCCGGGAGCUGGGCAGGUACGGGGCCGGGCGCUGGGCAGGUACGGGGCCGGGCGCUGGGCAGGUACAGGGCCGGGCGCUGGGCAGGUACAGGGCCGGGCGCUGGGCAGGUACGGGGCUGGGCGCUGGGCAGGUACGGGGCCGGGCGCUGGGCAGGUACGGGGCCGGGCGCUGGGCAGGUAUGGGGCCAGGCGCUGGGCAGGUACGGGGCCGGGCGCUGGGAAGGUACGGGGCCGGGCGCUGGGCAGGUACGGGGCCGGGCGCUGGGCAGGUACAGGGCCGGGAGCUGGGCAGGUACGGGGCCGGGCGCUGGGCAGGUACGGGGCCGGGCGCUGGGCAGGUACGGGGCCGGGCGCUGAGCAGGUACGGGGCCGGGCGCUGGGCGCGGAAUGGGGCCGGGCGCGGGGCUAGGCCGGGCGCGGGCUAG